GUCCUUUCUCGUAUUGUAAAGAUGGCUUCUAAAGAAAACGUGACUGAGGGAUGGGAGAAGUGGAAAAUUGCACUUGCAGUAGGCGCUCCUAUUGCCCUUGGUCUUGCAGGAUUGUGGUACUAUAACAGAGUCAAAUCGAGUAAUCUGGAGACUAAAAAGAAAGAUAUUGAAUCAGGAGAAAAGAAAGAAGAGCAACCGGAGGCGAAGGCAGCAGAGCCACAGACACCAGUAGAACAAGCCCAGGCUGCCAAAAACAAAGGAAACAAGUGGUUCAAAGGUGGAAAAUAUGACCAAGCAAUCCAGUGUUAUACAGAAGCUAUCAAAAUAUGUCCUCCUGAAAAUAAACAGGAUAUUUCCACUUUCUACCAAAACAGAGCUGCAGCACAUGAACAGUUGAAAAAUUUCACAGAGGUGAUAGCUGACUGCUCCAAGGCUCUAGAGUUCAAUACCAGAUACACCAAGGCAAUGUUUAGGAGAGCUAAGGCAUGUGAGCAUAUAGGGGAUCUGCAGCAGUGCCUAGAAGAUGUGACUGCUGUAUGUAUAUUAGAAGGUUUUCAGAAUCAGCAGAGUUUAAUGAUGGCAGAUAGAGUAUUAAAAGAUUUGGGCAAAUCCAAAGCUAAAGAAGCAUACAAGAAUCGUAAAGAGACAACACCCUCACAUAGUUUCCUUAGGACAUAUUUCUCUGCAUUUGCUAAUGAUCCAAUCAUAAGUAACCUUAAUGAGGUGAAUGAAGAGAGCCCUGAAACUGUUGAAGCUGAAAGUGAGGCUGAGAAGUACCAGGAUGAGUCACCAGAAAAAGAAAUGAAGGACGGGCUUCCAGGGAAAUCCAGGUCUCAAUUCAGUCCAUUCCUGAAAGCCAAGAAACAGUUGGCCAAGAAAGAAUAUGAUAAUGUGAUAGAGCUGUGCACCCAGGAGAUCAGCAAUUCCACAUCCAAGUAUUUACCUGAAGCCCUCCUGCUGCGGGCAACAUUUUAUCUGCUGGCUGGACGAGGGACAAAAGCCAUUGAUGAUUUAAACCAGGUCAUAGGCCUUGAGGAUGUUGAUAAAAAGAUAAAGUCUAAUGCUCUGAUCAAGAGGGGUAGCCUGAAACUUCAGCUUGGGGAGCAGACAGAGGCCCUUGACGACAUGGCGACUGCAGUGAGGGUGGAUCCUGAAAACUCCGACAUAUAUCAUCACAGAGGGCAGCUGAAUCUUCUGUUAGAUCGCAUGGAUGAUGCACUUAGAGAUUUUGACAAGUGUGUGGCCCUUAACCCAGAGUUUGCUGUUGCACAUGCUCAGAAAUGUUACGCAGAAUACAGACAUGCCUUUGACCAGCGCAGUCCCAUGCAGCUGCAGAGCUCUGUCAGGUCAUUUGAGGACCUCCUGAAGAGGUUUCCCGACUGCGCUGAAGCCUUUGCUUUAUAUGGCCAGGCCCUGUGUGACCAGCAGCAGUUUGACCAGGCAGAUGACCAGUUCAAGAAAGCCAUCAAAAUAGAACCAGAUAAUGCAAAUGUUUAUGUACACAGAGGGUUGCUAAGGUUACAAUGGAAGCAGAAUAUGGAGGAAGCCUGUAGUAUGAUUAAAAAAGCCUUAGAGGUAGAUGAUAAGUGUGAGUUUGCAUACGAAACACUGGGAACCAUAGAAGUCCAGAGGGGUAACCUUACAAAUGCAAUAGACCUGUUUAACAAGGCAAUAAGCCUAGCAAAGACAGAAAUGGAGAUGGCUCACCUGUUUUCUCUAUUGGAUGCUGCAAUGGCACAGUCAAAAGUAGCCCAAAACUUUGGAAUUCAAGUGCCAACCAUGGGACCCAUGUAAAAUUACAAUUAUAAAGUUGUAUAUUAGGAUUUCAAGUCAUGCUAUGUGAAAUAUACUGCCAAAAUGUAGUGAAAUGCCAGGGAUGGACUUGUCUUUUUUUUUUUUCAAACCAGUGUAUACUUUUUGAGCUGCACUUUUGAGCUUAUAUUAAGUUCAGUCCUUCAAGACCAAGCAUUUGUGGAAUUUUGCUUCUCAGUUUGCCUGGACGAGUCUUCAAGAUUUCAUUAUCUAAGUGUCUCAGACUAAUGUCCAGUAAAAGUAGCAUUCUUAUCCCCAGAAGUGUGAUACAUACUGACAGCAAGUUGCAAAGAAGAGAAAUUUUGGAAAUUCACCAUGGAAGCUGCUUUGUCAUUUCCUUGUGUGUGAUGUUUUUAGCCAGAUUUAGAAACAGAUACUCUCUUGAGAAACAAAUGAUGAUUAUCAAAUCAUUCCCACAAUUUUUAAUUUUUGUCACUCAUGUUAUUUUGCGUGAAAGACAAACGUAUGAACAACAUUAGAAGAUUUAGACAGGAUUAUAGCUGAAGUUGAAGAAAUGAUAAAAGUUAUGAUCAGACACAUUGACUUUUACAAGAAUUGUGAUGUGAGUUGUUUUGGAGGAGGUGGUGGGAAGACCUGCACCUCAUUUCUUAUCCUACAAUUUUAAGAUUUUUGAUUGAAGUGGCACACUUGAGGUCUAGCCUCAAAUUAACAGAUGUGUGUACAAGAACACUGCCUCGAAACCAUAUCCUCUUUUCUUUUAUUUUUUGUUAAUUUUUUAAAAAAGUUUUUGCAAACUGUUUGUUUUUUAAAGUAAAACUAUGCACACUGUAUUUGAAUACAGCUGGUUUUAUUUGGUUUUUGUUGUAUUUUCUAAUAUUUCAGUUGCACAGUUGCAAGACUUUCUCCAGUUUAGUCAAUGUUAAAUACAUGAUCUUUUUACCAUAUACUUCACAUUGCGAAUGACAAAAAGGUCUUAUAUACAUGAUUAUUAUAAUACGUAGCAAAUUCAAACCAUACAUCAUUUUGCAGUUUUUAACAUAUUGAUCACCUUGCUUGUUACUGUUUUAUGUAAUAGUAAAAAUAAGGAGAAAUCUUGUGAUCAUUUCAGAAUUUUAUUCAUCCCAGUCACAAUAAAUUAUAUUUACCCUUGGUAUUGUAUUUCAGUGAUGUAAACAUGCUUCCUUGCAUUGACAUUGCACAAAUGAGAAGCUGUAUCAUUGCAGUGAUGUUACUGAUCAGUGUUGAUGUUUUCUGUAGAGCAUGUCCACUGUCCAUUUUUCUGUUUGGCAUAUGUUCAAUUUAAAUUAUUAAUAUUUAUUUUGAAAGACUGCUGUGAGAGAUAAAAAUACAAGCUAUUUGAUUGUGCUGCUUUUCUUGCAAUUAUGUUAUCAUAGCUCUAAAAUAUGAAUGUCUUGGGUUCACAUUUUAAGAACAUUUCGCAGUAAAGAAAUAUCAAUAUUUAAAUCCUUUUUGUAAAUGGAUUUCAUAAUAUUUAGAGUUUCUACCAAUGACUUUGGUAACUCCAGAGAAUCAUUGAGGAUAUAAUGGCAGUUGAAACUCCUGGUGUGAGUGGGUUGUAUGGUGUGCAUUAUGCAUUGAUGAAAAAUAAGUGAUGUACAAAAUGAUUUAAUACAUAUUGUUGUACUUCAUUUUUUGUUUGAUAUCUACUUCAUUUUCCGUAGCCAAGUAAACUAAUAUUAAUACCUUUGGUAAAGGUAAGGGGAUACUUUUUAGCUUGGCUUGUUAUGCACAGCAGCAUGGUAAUGUGUAUAAAAUGAGAAGUUUCAGGUUAUAAUAAAAAUUCACAUUUUUACCAAUUUAACAGCAAUUUAGCCUACCCAGACUUGUGAGAUUUUUCUUUCUCUUAAUCAGUUUAACAGCAGAUUUAGGACAUCCAGAUAUGUUUAUGUGCUCGAUGUUACAGUUAUUAUUUAUUUUUUAUUUAUUUUUUAAAAAAUAGAUCCAGGUCAAAAUAGAAUGGUAGUAUUUAGGAUAAAUUUCACAUUUCCCAAAACUGGUUAGUUAUGUGUAUUAUGCAUUGCCUUUGACUUUACUGCACAUAAAUAAGAAAUGGUUAUUAUGUACACAGUAUCUUAAUAAAGUAUUGAUUGAGACAACAUAAAAAUAAUGAAGGCUUU